AUGGAGUAUAGGUGUGUAGUAUGGGAUCCGAUUCACAACCAUCAAAUGGAAAAACUUGAGAAGGUACAACAAAAAUUCAUCAGGCACAUGAGAUACCGGAAUAGUUGUAGAAAUAUAAUUAUGAAUCGUCAACAAGGGUACGAAUAUACAGGCUGCAACCUGCUGGCCAGUAGGAGAAAAUACUUGACCCUAUGCUUCGGUGCAAAUCUUAUCAAUGGCCUUCUGGAUGUUCCUGACCUAAUAGAGUUACUGGAUUUCGUCGUGCCAAACACCAGUUUGAGAGUACCAAGGGUACUUUCCAUACCAAGGGCCAAGUCUGGCUUCUCUACACGAGCGCCACUGUAUAGGAUUUCGUCUACAAUCAAUGAAUAUGCGGCGAUGAUGGAGCUGUAUAGUGUAUCGAACAAUGCUGUGAAGUGUGCUGCGCGAAAGUUAGUGCUGGUAUGA